CAUGGCAUCACUGACCAUCAAACAAUCUUCUUAUAAAUACUCAUAACAAGAGGUUUCAUCUCCUCCACUAAAUCUAAAGAGAAACAAAGCAGAUGGGUGUACAUGAUGAGGUUUCUCUUCUCACUCCUUGCAAUAUGGGCAACUUCCAUCUCUCACACAGGAUAGUUUUAGGUCCUCUGACAAGAUCAAGAUCAUAUGGUAAUACACCACAGCCUCAUGCAAUCCUCUAUUACUCUCAAAGAGCCACAAAUGGCGGCCUUCUCAUCAGUGAAGCCACUGGAGUUUCUAAUACUGCACAAGGAUAUCCAAACACUCCGGGAAUUUGGUCAAAAGAGCAAAUGGAAGCAUGGAAGCCGAUUGUAAAAGCGGUGCAUGAUAAAGGCGGAGUAUUCUUUUGCCAAAUUUGGCAUGUCGGAAGGGUUUCAACCUAUGAUUACCAACCAAAUGGAGAAGCUCCGAUAUCCAGCACAGACAGAGUGAUCCAAGUCCCUCCUCAAACAGAACUAGAUGUCACAGUUGAAAGUUAUUCACCUCCUCGUCGUCUAACAACAAUAGAGAUCCCUCAAGUUGUCAAUGACUUCAGACUUGCUGCAAGGAAUGCCAUUGAAGCUGGCUUUGACGGAGUAGAGAUUCAUGGAGGACAUGGAUACUUACUAGAACAAUUCAUGAAGGAGAGUGCCAAUGACAGGACAGACAAAUACGGUGGUGGGCUCGAGAACCGCUGCCGUUUCCCUUUGGAAGUAGUUGAAGCAGUUGUCGAUGAGAUUGGCGGAGACCGUGUUGGAAUGAGACUCACUCCCUUUGAGGACUUCUUGGAUUGCUAUGAGUCUGAUCCAGAAGCUCUAGGCCUUCACAUGGUUCAAUCUUUGAACAAAUUUGGAAUACUUUACUGUCAUAUGAUUGAGCCAAGGAUGUCAAUGGCCGAGGAACGAAGGCAAAUUCCGCAUCGGCUUCGGAACAUGAGAGAGGCCUUCAAUGGUACCUUCAUUGCUGCAGGAGGAUAUGAUAGAGAUGAAGGUAAUAAGUGUGUUCGUGAAGGCUAUACUGAUCUUGUUUCAUACGGACGCUUGUUCUUGGCCAACCCUGAUCUGCCAAGGAGGUUUCAGUUGAAAGCACAGCUGAAUAAGUAUGAUAGAUUGACAUUCUAUACUUCUGAUCCUGUUGUUGGAUACACUGAUUAUCCAUUCCUUGAGGAUUGUAAUGAAUCGAUGAAUCAAGUCUAAUUUCAAAUGCAGUCUGAAUGAGGAUGUGAAAACUGCAGACAAAAAGAAAAACAAUAGGAAUUGUAGUCUCUGAUUAAAAAAUAAUGAGCAAAACAUACUGCAUAAAAA